AGUUUUACAAUGGAUUCUCUUAUUGAAGCAAAUAGCAAGUUUUGCUUCGAUUUUUUCCAAGAGAUUAGCAAAGGUGAUAUUCAUAAAAACAUCUUUGUCUGCCCUCUGAGUCUCUCAGCUGCCUUUGGUAUGGUCCGCCUGGGAGCUCGAGGUGAUAGUGCGCGUCAGAUUGAUGAGGUAUUACAUUUCAAUGAACUUUCCAAGAGUGAAAGCAAAGACCCCAAUGAUUCCUGUUCAAAAGACAAAAGAGAAGUGUUAUCUGACAGCUCUCUGGAAGGGCAGAAACAAACGCCAGCGUCUCAGGAGCAGCAGGCUGAAUCUACAGACGAGGAUGAACUGCUCGGCUGCUACUUUGGGAAGCUUCUAUCCAGAUUAGACAGAGCCAAAGCUUAUUACACCCUGAGUAUGGCCAACAGACUCUAUGGCGAGCGGGAAUUCCCAAUCUGCCCGGAAUACUCAGACGGCGUAACUCAAUUCUACCACACGACGUUUGAAAGUGUAGAUUUCCGGGGGGACACUGAGAAGUCAAGACAAGAGAUUAACUUCUGGGUUGAAAGUCAAUGCCAAGGUAAAAUCAAGGAACUGUUCAGCAAGGAUGCUAUUGAUAAUGCAACUGUGCUGGUGCUAGUGAAUGCUGUCUACUUCAAGGCCAAGUGGGAGAAAGACUUCGACUGUGAAAAGACCGCUGAUGCACCGUUCUCCCUAAGUGAGAAUGAGAAGAAGACAGUAAAGAUGAUGAAUCAGAGGGGUCGCUUUAGAAUUGGCUUCAUUGAGGAGCUGCAGGCCCAGAUCCUGGAAAUGAAGUACACCAUGGGGAAGCUCAGCAUGUUGGUUCUUCUUCCAUCCUGCUCAGAAGACAAUGUGAAGAGUCUGCAAGAGCUUGAAAGCAAAAUAAGCCAUGAAAAAAUCAUGGCCUGGAGUAGCUCAGAAAAUAUGCCAGAAGAAUCAGUAGCCAUUUCCUUCCCCCAGUUCACCAUGGAAGACAGCUAUGAUCUCAACUCUGUUCUACAAGACAUGGGCAUUAAGGACAUCUUUGAUGAAACUAAGGCUGACCUGACUGGAAUCUCUAAGAGUCCCAAUCUACAUUUGUCCAGAAUUAUCCACAAGAGCUUUGUGGAGGUGGACGAGAUGGGUACCGAGGCAGCCGCAGCCAGCGGCGCUGUGGCUGCGGAGAAGUCCCUUCCUUCUUGGGUGGAGUUCAAUGCCGAUCACCCUUUUCUCUUUUUUAUCCGACACAACCCAACCCACACAAUCCUUUUCUGUGGCAGGGUCUACUCUCCUUGAAGACCCUCUGGC